AACAAACCCAGAUCGUCAGAUCCUCUCUCCCUCUCUGCACAGUCUAUUUUAUAAAUAUCCCGAUAUCGCGGCCUCUCUGUGCCUGUGAGUAAUUUUAACAGGGGAGGCUCUUUAACAAAAAAACAGAGACAUCAAAUGGCCAUCACAACCAGUUGCUGCCUCAACCUCCCCCUUCCGACCUCUGCUUCAGGCCUCCCUUCUUCCACUACUAAGACAAGUACUACCCAAGUUUCAUGGUUGAAGAAUGACAAGUGGAGAAGGCAGUGCGUGCUGGGAAUAGCCUGGAUGAUAAUUGGAGCUGAAAUGGAUAAUUUGGCAAGCCAAGAAAAUCUCGCGAUGGCCAAAGAUAUGCAGUAUUCAGUUGUGGAAUCAAAGAGUCAGAGAUGGAGCGACAAAAGAAUGUGCCCUCCAUGGCGUCUUAAUUCACUAGAGACCGUUGUGCCAGAAAACCUUCCAAGGCCAUCCGCUCGCAGGAGAUGGGAGGCUACCGGUUAUUCCGAGAAUGCUCCGCCUCCAGCUUCAGCAGUUAAAGUGAUGGUUCAUAGCGGCAACAGUUGCUUUACCAUGUAGAACAUUCAGUUGUCAUAUAGGUAUAUUGUUACUGCAAAUUAUGUACAUAAACAAUACAAUUCUUAAAAUAUCAAAAAUGGAAAUAGAUUACUAAUGGCGUUUGAUCGUCGGUCGUAGUACUGAAUUGGUUGUAUUUGGCGAGGAUGGCAUAGUACACGCAGUACAAAUUGGAUAUAUAAAACAGAAGAGAAGUACAACUUUUCUCGCUUAA